GUAGGUAGCAAACUUACGUUUGGCGUACAGUAAAUAUUUCACUGGCACGAUACCUGAAAGAAAAGUAAGAAAAGAUGGGUAGAAAAAUUGAAUUAUCUUUUCUCGCAGUCAUAGCAAUUUCACUCGAGUUUUCCAAUGCAGUUGACUACUGUAAGAUCUGUUCAAAUAAUCAGCAAACGCUUUGCAAGUUUCCCAAUCCUGGCCCCUCGUCAGCUUGCGCAGGUUUCCAAGGAUCCGGAUUGACAGAAUCUGAAAAGCAAAAUAUUCUGAAUUUGCACAAUCACCUGAGGCACAAUGUGGCGAUCGGAAAUGAAACCAGAGGAAGUCCUGGGCCACAACCUGCUGCUCAGAGUAUGCCGAAUAUGCAAUGGGAUGACGAACUUGCAACAGUCGCACAGAGGUGGGCUGAUCAGUGCAUUUUCGGUCACGAUAGCUGCAGAAACGUUGAACGCUUCGUCGUAGGACAAAACGUUGCUAUCAUUGGAACUACUGGCAAUGUCAUGAACAUCAAAGUCGAAUACAUGGUUCAGGUAUGGUACGACGAGGUGAAGGACUUUAGCAAGUAUCAAGUUGCCAAAUUUAGCGCCAGAGGAGCUAACGGACAUGAAAUGGGGCAUUACACCCAACUAGUCUGGGCUAAGAGUACUUACCUCGGCUGCGGUGCUGCAAAGUACGAGAAAGACGGGUAUAACAAUUUCUACCUCGUCUGCAACUACGGACCUGCCGGCAAUUGGAUAGGAGAGCCAGUGUAUCAAGCUGUCUAAUUCAAGUAUAACAAUAAAAUAGC